GAAGAUGAUCGCUGCGCCGGGCGUUACAUUUUCGUACACGACCUUCCGCCCGAGUUCAACAUCGAGAUGCUCCAACAUUGCCGGAGGCUAAGCCGGUGGACCGAUAUGUGUCGGUACACGUCCAAUGCGGGGCUCGGACCCAAGCUAGAGAAAAAUGGCAAUGUCUUCUCCGGCCGCGGAUGGUACGCCACAAAUCAGUUCGCGCUCGACGUUAUCUUCCAUAACCGGAUGCGGCAGUAUGAGUGCCUCACAACCAACUCUUCCCUCGCAGCUGCCAUAUUUGUACCCUACUAUGCCGGCCUUGACAUCGCGAGAUACCUCUGGGCUCCAAACACCGCGGCAGUCCGCGAUGCAACUCCUCGGGAGCUAUUCCGUUGGCUCCGGUCGAAGCCGGAGUGGGGGGCCAUGAGUGGACAGGACCACUUCAUGGUGGCAGGGCGCAUCACAUGGGACUUCCAAAGGCCGACGGAUCACGAUGAUGACUGGGGAAACAAGUUGAUGCUUCUGCCAGAGGCACAGAAUUUGACGGUGCUAGUGAUCGAGUCGAGCCCGUGGAAGAGAAACGACGUCGGAGUACCUUACCCGACCUACUUCCACCCAUCGACGGAUAGCGAGGUACGAGCAUGGCAGGAGAAGAUGCGGCGGGCACGGAGGCCGUGGUUGUUCACCUUCGCAGGCGGAGCGCGGACAGGCGAGACUGCGUGGAUCCGCAACGAGGCAAUGGAGCAGUGUCGGCAGUCGCGACAGUGCAAGUUGCUGGAGUGCAACAUCGGUUACAGCAAAUGUCACUCGCCGGACAGCGUGAUGCGGAUGUUCGAGCGUUCUGUAUUCUGCCUCCAGCCGCAGGGGGAUUCAUUCACACGGCGGUCAACGUUCGACGCCAUGGUGGCCGGGUGCGUGCCUGUCUUCUUCCACCCGGGGUCGGCCUACGUUCAGUAUCUAUGGCACCUGCCGAGGAACUACAAUAGGUACUCGGUAUUCAUCCCGGAGGACAAGGUGAGGGAGGGGAAUGUGAGGAUCGAGGAGGCACUGAAGAAAAUUAAGAAGAAGGUGGUGAGGGCGAUGAGAGAGGAGGUGAUAAGGAUGAUCCCGAGGUUGGUGUAUGCGGAUCCGAGAGCAAGACCGCCAGGGGUGAGGGACGCCUUUGAUGUGGCAAUUGCCGCCGUGAUCGAAAGGGUGAGGGAUAUUAGACGAAGAAAAGCUACGGUGGUUUUCAAAGAAAGGGAAACAUGGAAGUAUGCACUGGUGGGGAGGGAGAAGGAAAUUGCCGGGUGGGAGCAUUUCUUCCGCAAAGGGAGGAAUUAA